GGAAUUCCUGAAAUUCUGCAAAUAGCAAUAUCUCUCGCUCUAAGAAAAUACAAGAAAACAUAAUUCCUCUCUCUCUCUCUCUCUUACAUGCUCACACACUCCCCUCCCUAACCAGCCAAAUCCAGACUUCUCUUCCCGCACUGACAGAUAAUUAGGGCAAAUACAGAUCCCCAAGAUUGGGAAAUGGAAGAAUAUCGCCUGCAAUUGUUGCUCAUUGAUCCAUUCCAUUGAGGUCGGAAGCUGUCCUGGAAUUUGAUCCGCUGAUUGAUGCUCUUCGCCCGAGCUGUGGUUCCAAGGCACCGCCCAUGGAUUCGUUCUGGAGCCACAAUGCCGCCCCGGGCUCAUGGGAUUUCCUCGUCGCUGUCUACUUCGCUUUCGGCUUUUUCGCUGCUCGCCUCAUCUUCGACAGAUUCAUCUUUCGCAAUAUUUCCGUCUGGUUGUUGAGGAAGGGAUCUGCUUCAUUGAAGCUUGAUAUGGCCACACGGGCAAAGAUUGUAAAAUGUUCGGAGUCAAUGUGGAAGCUUACAUACUAUGCCACUGUUGAAGCAUGCAUUCUCAGCAUAACCUACCAUGAGCCAUGGUUCACAGAUACAAAAGAGUACUUUAAAGGCUGGCCAAACCAAGAGCUGCGGCUUCCCAUAAAGCUUUUCUAUAUGUGUCAGUGUGGAUUCUACAGCUACAGCAUUGCUGCCCUCCUUACAUGGGAGACUCGAAGGAAGGAUUUCUCAGUGAUGAUGUCUCACCAUGUAAUUACUGUUCUCCUGAUUGGGUUCUCAUACAUAACAAGCUUUUUUCGGAUUGGCUCAAUCAUUCUUGCCCUGCACGAUGGAAGUGACGUAUUUAUGGAAGCUGCCAAGGUUUUCAAGUAUUCUGAGAAGGAGCUUGCGGCAAGUGUGUUCUUUGGAUUUUUUGCUGUUUCGUGGGCCAUACUGCGGUUAAUAUUCUUCCCUUUCUGGGUCAUAAGUGCAUCAAGCUAUGAUCUUUGUGACUGCUUGGAUCUAUCGAAGCCCUCUCCCAGAGCUCUGUAUUAUGCAUUCAAUACAAUGUUACUGAUGCUUUUUGUGUUCCACAUAUACUGGUGGGUUAUGAUUUGUUCAAUGAUAAGGAGACAGGUGAACAAUAGAGGACAAGUUGGAGAAGAUAUUAGAUCUGAUUCAGAGGACGAUGAUUAGGCGGAAUAUUUCCCCAAGUUCUUUUUGUGUGGCUGUGCUAGUAUGGUGGGGAGACUACUUUUGACUCCUCGGUUUGUCGCUGCACUCUAAAAUGGUCCUUAUCUGUAGGAAGGGCUUUGAUAAUUUCUUCCAUUUACAAAUUUUCUAUGGCGAGUGCGGAUAAUCAUGGAGGUAGGAACACGGAGCAGGUCUCAUGAUGAUGAUAUAUUUGUUUUCCUUAUACAGUGGAGUCUCUGUUAAGCUUUCGGGUGUAUAAAUAGAAGGCAGUUCCUGUAUAAUUCUUCUCUGGAUAAUCACUUGUUUCGGCUUAGCCUUUGUAUGGGGAAUUGAAAGGUAUUCACAAUAUAGAAAAUAGAAAAUUUCUUUGGCAUGCUGUGUGAUUUGAUUCAAGACCUCCUUUGUAGUAGCACUUCGAACUCUAUA